AUGGCGAAAAAUCCCAAACCGCCGCGGGAGGUUGCACCAAGCCUCUCCGACCAACUCGCCCUCGACCCCGGACCGCAGCCGGAUACAUUCACCACGCGCUUCCUCCCCGAGCGCAUGGGCAACAUGGGCAGUUUCGCGUAUGGCGGAUGCGCUCUCGGUGUAGGCGUGCAGGCAGCCUGCGAAACAGUCUCGCAGGGGUAUCGCCCGUACUCGAUCACCGGCAGCUUCCUUGCGCCCGUGUCGAUUGAUAUCAAACUCGAUUGCUCGGUGCGGAGAUUGCGCGAUACGAGGACGUUUGCGACGCGGCUUGUGGAGAUUUCCCAACAGCAGGUCCAGAAAGACGGUAGUCGUCAACCGAGGCUGUGUAUGAUCCUCCUCGCAGACUUGCACAAAGAAGGCGAGCGCAGCAUGCUCGAUUUCUCCGCCCCACCCGACCGGACAUAUUCCGGCCCAGAAAACAGCCGGACCCCACAAGAGAUCGCGCGCACCCUUACGGACUCGAAAACCAUCGCCCCCGAAACCGAAUCGGCCUACAACACGCUCUUCGGCCUGAUGGCGCGCCACUUCGAGACGCGCCAAGCACCAGAGGGAAUCGGCGCGCAGAACGUCACGGGGAUGGCCAAGCACCAACCGACGACUCAGGAUCAUCUGCCCUUGACCUCCAAGACGACGGCAGACUGGAUCCGGUGUCGAACGCCGCUCCGCAAAGACAAGCCGCUCGAGCACUACGCGGGGUUGGCGUUUAUCCUGGACGGGUACCUGAGUUUCCUCGCGGGGAUGCAUAAUCACAUGUUCCUGGAUGAUGCGGCGGCGUGCGCGAGUUUGGAUUUUGCGCUGCGCGUGUUUUCGAGCGAGUGGGAUCUGACGCAGUGGAAUCUGCGCGAGAUGAAGAGUGUUGCGGGGGGCGAGGGGCGGACGUAUAUCGAUUCUGAGGCCGUUUGGCAACAAGAGUAA